GGGCCGCGGUCACAGCGGCGGCACCGGGUGAAAUUUCUGGAAGGUGCGGCCGGAACGGGGCCGGCACCGGGAGCGGGAUCCGGGGAAGGUGACGGCGGGUGGUGACGGCCCCCAGCACCGCCGCCGCCGUCAUGAACCACAAGAGCAAGAAGCGGAUCCGCGAGGCGAAGCGCAGCGCCCGCCCGGAGCUGAAGGACUCGCUGGACUGGACCCGCCACAACUACUGCGAGACCUUCCCCCUGAGCCCCGCCGCCUGCAAGGAUAACGUGGAGAGGGCAGAUGCGCUCCAGCUGACGGUGGAGGAGUUUGUUGAGCGCUAUGAAAAGCCUUACAAGCCCGUGGUGUUGCUGAACGCCCAGGUGGGCUGGUCUGCCCAGGAGAAGUGGACGCUGGAGCGGCUGAAACGCAAAUACAGGAACCAGAAGUUCAAGUGUGGGGAGGACAAUGACGGUUACUCUGUGAAGAUGAAGAUGAAGUACUACAUAGAGUACAUGGAAACCACACGUGAUGACAGCCCCCUGUACAUCUUUGACAGCAGUUAUGGGGAGCACCCCAAGCGCAGGAAACUCCUGGAGGACUAUAAAGUACCCAAAUUCUUCACCGAUGAUCUCUUUCAGUAUGCAGGGGAGAAACGGCGGCCACCCUACAGAUGGUUUGUGAUGGGCCCACCUCGAUCUGGAACAGGAAUUCACAUCGAUCCCUUGGGAACUAGUGCGUGGAAUGCCUUAGUCCAGGGACAUAAACGUUGGUGCCUGUUCCCAACCAGCACUCCCAGAGAGCUCAUCAAAGUGACUCGAGAAGAGGGAGGGAACCAGCAGGACGAGGCAAUCACUUGGUUCAACGUCAUCUAUCCUCGGACACAGCUUCCCACCUGGCCCCCCGAAUUCAAACCCCUGGAAGUCUUACAGAAACCAGGCGAGACAGUCUUUGUGCCAGGUGGCUGGUGGCAUGUUGUUCUCAACCUUGACACGACUAUUGCCAUCACACAAAACUUUGCCAGCUGUACCAACUUCCCCGUGGUGUGGCACAAGACGGUGAGAGGGAGACCCAAACUGUCACGGAAAUGGUACAGGAUCCUAAAGCAGGAACAUCCUGACUUGGCAGCCUUGGCUGAUUCAGUUGACCUGCAGGAAUCUACUGGUAUUGCUUCCGACAGUUCGAGUGAUUCUUCCAGUUCCUCAAGUUCCAGCUCCUCAGACUCUGAUUCAGAGUGUGACUCUGGCUCCGAGACAGAGGGGAUGAUGCACCGGAGGAAAAAGCGGAGGACGUGCAGCAUGAUGGGGAACGGGGACACAACCUCCCAGGACGACUGUGUGAGCAAAGAGCGCAGCUCCUCCAGGAUUAGGGAAUCUUGCGGAGGCCGCAGCUACCCCUGAGAGAUAACACCACCCGAUCGAAGCUCCGUUAGCAGCCAGCCAGCUCUGUUCUACCCCCUCCUGCUUCUGUUUCUCACAGUCCUUACGUUUUUGUCACUCUUCCUCGAUCCAGACAUCUGUCUUCGUUAUGUGCUGUCCAAGGUUGGCUCCUGAGUAGCUUGUAGGG